GAGAAGCUGGAUGGUUUGAUUCGGACGUGUUUUGAGCUCUAUGGGUUAAUACGCGACGUUGGAACGCUGGUCUUGAAACUCUUCUUCAGCUUGUUCCUGAUGUAUUACGGAAAUUGGAAGAUCGGAGCUACUUUCUACCUCCUUUCGAACGUGAUCGGAAGCGGGACGUUGUUUUAUUUAAGAGAUAAAAGGGUAUCUAAUUUACUUGACCUCUUGCCAGGCACAUCAAUCAAUCAAUCAAUCAAUCAAAACAGUAGGUUUUGUUCUCAGGGAAAUCCCGGGCAAUCUGCUGAAUAGAUCGCGUCAUCAUGUGGUUUGCUCAUAUUCCAUAUUCAUCUUUGGCACUUCAAUGAGUGGUCAUUUUAAAUAGAGACUAGAAUGGACUUUACCUCCUACUCUACAUUACCUCCUACUCUACAUUACCUCCUACUCUACCUCUACGUACACUCACACUCUAUCGUGCCAAUCCUACUCUACUGUACGUGCCAAUGAUCGCUCUCACUCAUCGUCAUCUUUCUUCAUUUCCCUAUCUCUUUCGAUUUUCGUGGUAUUUUUUACGGUACUGCGUUGCGGAC